AUGACAAUACAGUACUUUAUAACCUUAGUUCCUAAUGAAUUAAUUCAAAAAUAACACAUAUAGAAUCUUUCGAAUUAAUCAACCCAACUACCAUUCUUCAAAUUUUAGUCAUCAUAAGUUCCGCCACCACUCAAAAAUUUACACAAAUAAAAAAAACAUACAGAAUGUCAUUCUUAUUAUUAUUGUUUAAUAAGAAUAUAUAAUUNAGAUAAAACUAUCUAGUUUUGGAAUAAAGAUGAAUAAUGGAAGUGUUGUUAAACUAUAACUGCUCAUUUAAGCACUGUUUGUAGUUUAAGUUUAAAUGAGACUGAAGAUUAAUUGAUAUCAUGUUCAUGUGAUAGUACAAUUAAAAUAUUUGAAUUUAAAAACUCAAAUUGGAUAAUACUUUAAACAAUUAAUGUAGAAAAAUUAGGGUUUAGAUUGUGUUUUAUUAAUAAUUUUACUUUUGUUUUUUAAUCUGAAAAUUCAUUAGAUUUAAGUGUCUAUAAAUUCAAUUAAUAAGCUGGUUAAUAUCAUCUUACAAAAAAUGUUUAAGUAUAAAAUGGUGAAAAUUGCAGUAAUUUAUUCCCAUAGAAAUUUAUAAAAUCAAAAAAUAUUAUUCUAAAUAAAAAUGGAUCAAAAGUUAAUCUAAUUAAAAUAUCACCUGAUGAAGAAUUUUAACUAAUAGAUGUUAUUGAUUUUAGUACAAGAAAGAUAUUUGGUAAUAUGUCAAAUGAUGGUCAAUACUUAUGCACAUGGGAUUGGAUUUCAAAAUAGAUAUAAAUAAGACAAUGCAUUUAAUGA